AUGGAGAUCUGCAUAUUCUUUCUUUGUGCUAUGAUAUUUCUCCCAGGUAUUGCUGCCAGUGUGCAUCCGGUGAAGGCAUUUCUCCAUCACACUGUACACCUAUCCUGCUGUUUUCCAAACUCUCAGGAAAUUGACGUGAAGGAUUUAAUAAUCUUUUGGCAAAAAGACAAUAAAGUGGUGCAUGAAGUAUAUCAUGGCCAAGAAAAGCAUGAGAACCUUAGUCCUGAAUAUAUAAAUCGCACCAAGGUGGACAUGGCCAGAUGGACCUUGCAGUUGUUAAAUGCAGGAGUUGAAGAUGAGGGACACUAUAAGUGUAUUAUUAUGAAAAAAACAACUGAACAACCAAAAAGGGUCAUACACCAAUCUGAGUGGUCACUGCACAUCAUUGCCAACUAUAGUCAACCUGAGAUAGAACUGCACUCUGGGGAACUAAAGCCCAACGGAUACUUGAACCUCACCUGUUCUUCCAGUGGAGGUUAUCCAGAGCCCAAGGAGAUGACUUGGCUGAUUUCACAUGAGAACAUAACACUCAGCAGUCCGGCUCACAUGAAUGUCUCACAGGAUGCUGUGACAAAGCUGUACAACGUUACCAGCGAGCUGAAUAUCCCAGUUCCUGCAGGGAGCCCCACUAAUAUCAGCUGCUUACUUCGCCUUCGGGAGCAGCUGGGAAGCCUUGUCUCAGUCCCACUGAACAUAGAGAUAAAAGAGAAAGAAAUGGAGCAAGCAAAGAUAAAUUUCUUUGGCCCACUUAUAGCUGUGGUUGUAGUGAUCAUUUCUGCACUUCUUCUGGGUUUUGUGAUAUUAAAGAAGAACAGAAAUAUCUUGUCUACCAACCAGAGUGUCAGUCUAGCAGUCUAGAAGCUAUCCAGAUUGAAACCGAGGCCAUCAGCCAGACUGCUGACUGGGAACCACCUCUGCACCCAGCAAAGCAUGAGGUCCCGUGUUUUUAGAGGUUCUGCCAGAACAAGAAUCCUCCCCAGAAGUCCUACAGAACAACAUGCAACACUUUUGUGUGAUGGCUGAAACCUACUCCCCAGUGUUCUCUGUUUUUAUUGUUGCUCCAGAAUGGUAGUAAAUGGUAGUAAAUAGGAUGCUCUGCCUGUCUGCAUGACUACCUUUUUGUUGUAUCUUUUAAUAUGCACUGUGACAAUGUAAAAUCCUGAGAGUCAAUGGAGAAAGCAGAGCUGUAUGGGUCACAGAAUGUCUCAGAAAUAGAAAGAGUUAAGCCACAAUCUGUGAUUCAUAACCAUCACUGCAAACACAAUCAGAGGUAAGCUAUUACCCAUAAAUCAUAGAAUCAUAGAACCAUAGAAUUGUAGAAUGACUAGGGUUGGAAGGGACCUUGAAGCUCAUCUAGUUUCAAGCCUCCUGCCUGACCAUAAGCCAUAAAUGCUUUUGGCAGAGCGACUGUGUAACUUCCUUGUAAAGUUUCACAUCAGGAAGAGGAACUUCGAGGCACAUCCCCACUUUCUGAGAAAAGUCAUGGAAUUCCCAUCAAGCAUUUGAAUCUAGAAAUAAUCGAAAGGAAAUACUUGCUUUAAACAUAAUUUGUGAUUAACAUCUUAUUUUUUUAAUAUAUAUAUCAUCCAAGCUUAAUACACCCAGACAGUUAGUACCUCCACACUUUGUUCCUCCGUAUUCUGACUGAGAGUUGUAAGAGUUGUUCAGGUGGAUGCAGGGAUAGAAAAUGACAGCAUGAGGUAUCAUAUGUGUGUAUAUCUAACCCUACAAAAUUAGGCUGAGCAGAUAAUGAAAAAACAUUACAUAAGUCAUGUUCCUUUUUUGUUGACUAUGUUCUUAAUUUUGCUUCAGACCUUGAUGAUAGAGCAAUUCAUACACUGUGGUAUAUUCAGCCAUAGGAAGGAGUUUUAUCCUUCAGAAAAGAUCCUUUGUUUUGCUCAAAAUGUGUCAGUUCUCCAAUCUUGAAUGAUCUCUGCACUUUAUAUUCUUCAACAGCACUGACAUCUCUCCAGAGGAAGAAUGCAGCAGAACUGAGACAAAAUUCUUCUGAGAUCUUGAUUGUGUUUGUAGGUCUGACACUUUCAGAAAGAGCAGGGACAUUAGCAUCAUAUUCUUAAGACAAAUUUCAGCUCACAGUUGCAGU